AUGGACACAUCCAAUACCUUUGGUAAUUACCUGAGACAGGCUUCACACGCUGCCAAGACAAUUCUCGUCCCGCGCUCAUCACUUGAACAGUUCAAUUCAAGAGACUGUCAGAAGAUUCAGAAGAUGAGCGAGACCAUCUACGUAGGCCGUGCCAGCGGUCUCGCAAAGCUGGCUUUUGUCGCCGCCUUGGGUGCCGCCGCUGCCUGGGCUUACACUCACGUCUCCGACGGCAAAAAAGACGAGCUUCCACGAUCCGAAAGACCUGAGAUUGUGUUUGAGGCGCCGCGCAAGGAUCCCGCGUCCAAGGGAGAGAACCGUGACCAAGUAAAGAGAAGCUGGGAGCAGCCCGGUGUCUAUGUUUGGGGUUCCAAUGCCGGCAAGGUCGUCGCUCCUGACUCCAACGAGGCCGUUGUCAAGACGCCGAGGCGCCUACCGUACUUCAACGGCCAGAUCCUGCGUGAUCUGAAGCUGGACCGUGAUUUUGGCGCUGCCAUCACCGAGACCGGUGACCUGGUACAGUGGGGGGUGGGAUACUCCAAGACGACCAACACACCGGCCGUUACACUACAGGGAAAAGAUCUCGUCAAGUUGGCCCUGUCGCGGGACCGCAUCAUUGCCCUUUCAUCUAGCGGGUCCGUUUUUUCCAUCCCUAUUUCCCGCGCGGAUCAGGAGUCGGGCGAUAAGCCCAUCAUCACGUCUUGGGUCCCUUUCUGGUCCCAGCACUCUCCCCUGAGCUACCGCUCCCUCGUCCCCCAGAACCUGGGAUGGGGCGAAAAGGUUGUCGACAUAACGGGCCGCGUUUUCUCGGCAGCGUCGAGCACCGUGGAUUUCCCUUCAAAAGGACAGCUAGGCAUAUCGGGCCUCACGUGGCAAACCCGCCCGGAAGGCCCCUACUACCAGCCCCACGAAGUAAAAGCCCUUCGUGGCUCACCAAUCAAGGCGAUUGCCGCCGGCGACUUUCACUCUCUUGCUCUGGACAGUGACGGUAGCAUGUUCUCAUUCGGGGAUAACUCUAGCGGCCAGCUCGGGUUUGACCUGGAGCCAGGGUCUCCCUAUAUCGCCAAACCAUCACGUCUACCCGUGAACAAGCUUUAUAGCGGUACGAAUCUGUUGCCGAAGGUGACCUCGAUAGCUGCUGGUGGCAUGAAUAGCUACUUUACCGUCGAUGCAACCAAAACGCAAGCGACAACCAGCGACGGAGAGCUCAUACCAACCCAAGAUGUGGGCAAGAUUGUUGCGGAUACGUGGGCCUGCGGUGAAGGCAUUAAAGGCAGUCUGGGCAACGGAAAAUGGUGGCACUACUCCAAGGGCCCGACCAAGGUUAAGGCUCUGUCGAAUCUCUACGAGUACAACGAGGCUAUAAAGAGCCUGUCGCCGAUCCGGCUCGCCUAUAUCUCGGUGGGUAGCACACACGCUUGCGCCAUCAUGGACAACGUUACAACCCUCCUGGCUUCGAAGCAGACGUCCAAGUACGACAGCAACAGCGGGGCAGAUACGCUAUGGUGGGGAUUCAACGAAUAUUACCAGUUAGGGACAGGAAAGCGAAGCAACGUGAACACGCCAGUGUAUAUUCGACCGCUCGAUAGCAGCGAUGUGGGGACGAGCAACAAGAAGGGAGUGGAAGGAGAGCGCCUCCAGCUCGCACCGAGAACAACGAUUCGUCUUGGCGAGGGGGGCGUAGGCAGGAAGGCGAGCGUGGAGCAGCGGGUCGAAUGCGGGCGUCAUGUCACAGCUGUCUACUCUGCAACAUGAGACUAAGUCCGCAACUAUCGGCGAUUCCACAGCGGGAUUUCUGCAUGGCGGUUCAUCUCUGCGGAAACGCAGUCGAGGCAGAUGUCGUGCGUUCAUGGAGGAUUUGGGACUAUGUUGGGUGUAUGAUGUAUCGAUUAAUAUCGUGGGUUCACGAUGUGUAAAAAGUUAUUGUACCUACACAUGUCCUAUUAUGUAUGGGUAGCGGAAUUUUUAAUCCACUCAUCUC